AUGUAGAUGGACCUGCAUGGGGAUGGAUGGAAGGAAAGAGAAAUUGAUCUGCAUCCCUCCUUGCCACAACUGACUCCCCCUUUGCCCCCUUCCCUGUGACAACCCUCCCGUGGCAGAAGCCCCCUCCCCAUCCGUUAGGGAGCACAGCGUAGUAGGUGACACCAACAGUGCAUGUUUCUGCCUGGCUCAGCCCAGCCUCACUCUGCUUCUCCUAGGAGAGGGCUUCAGCUGGCUCAGAACAUGGGCUCAGCUCCGCCCAGCUACCAGGGAAUGGUGGGGCAGAGACAGCAAGGAAAGGCGGAGGGACAGGGUUAAUCACCCUCUAGAGACACCCCUGCUCUGACACUAGCCACUGGCACAUGGACACUCAACCCAGAGCUGCUGCCUGGCACAACAAUGGGACUGGAAGUCAGGACUCCUGGGUUCUAUCCCCAGCUCGGCAUGGGAGAGCGGGGUUUGGGAGUCAGGACUCCUUCAUUCUAUUCUACUUCUCCCCUCCCUACAGUCUCUGGGUUGGUUAAUCACAGAUCCAGCCCCAUGACCAGGUUUGCUAUUAACCAUCCAUGCUGGCCCCCAGGGACCCUUCCGGGAGGUGUCAUUUCGGUGCAGGGAGAGAGACAGCAACAGUAUGGAGAGGGUGCCGCAGGCCGUCAUCAACAACCCUGCUGAUAUUGGGGUCAUCGUGGGCUACUUCGUCCUGGUCAUCUGCGUAGGGCUCUGGUCCAUGUGUCGCACCAACCGGAGCACCAUCGGGGGUUAUUUCCUGGCUGGUAGAAACAUGGUCUGGUGGCCGGUGGGUGCGUCUCUCUUUGCCAGUAACAUCGGCAGUGGGCACUUCGUGGGGCUGGCUGGCACUGGUGCCGCCAAUGGCCUAGCUGUGGCCGGCUUUGAGUGGAAUGCUCUCUUCGUGGUUCUCCUCCUUGGAUGGCUCUUCGUACCUGUCUACCUCACUGCUGGGGUGAUCACAAUGCCCCAAUAUCUGAAGAAGCGAUUUGGGGGCCGGCGAAUCCGGAUCUAUCUGUCCGUCCUGUCCCUCUUUCUCUACAUCUUCACUAAAAUCUCAGUGGACAUGUUCUCGGGGGCUGUGUUCAUCCAGCAGGCGCUGGGCUGGGAUAUCUACGUCGCUGUUAUUGCCCUGCUCGUAAUUACCACCAUAUACACUGUGACAGGUAAUGGGGCUGCAGCUAGGGGGCCCAGGGGCUGCUCCAGCUGGGCCCGGGGCAGGGAGGGGACCCCAGGUGGGCACCGUUUCACCCCACCCCUCCUUGAUCUCCCAGGGGGGCUGGCGGCCCUGAUGUACACCGACACCGUGCAAACCUUCGUCAUCAUUGGGGGAGCCUUCGUCCUCAUGGGCUUUGCGUUUCAUGAGGUGGGGGGCUACCAGGGGCUCUUUGACAAGUACCUGGAGGCCCUUCCCAGCAGCACCCUCUCUCCAGCCCCGGCUCUGUACAACAUCUCAGCCACCUGCUACCAGCCCCGCCCCGACGCCUUCCACCUCCUCCGCGACCCCCUGACCGGAGACCUCCCCUGGCCAGCACUAAUCUUCGGCCUCACCAUCAUCUCCACCUGGUACUGGUGCAGCGACCAGGUGAUUGUGCAACGUUGCCUAGCGGGCAAGAGCCUGACCCACGUCAAAGCUGGCUGCAUCCUCUGUGGGUACCUGAAGCUGUUGCCAAUGUUCCUCAUGGUGAUGCCAGGAAUGAUCAGCCGCAUCCUCUACCCAGACGAGGUGGCCUGCGUGGUGCCAGAGGACUGCAAGCGGAUCUGUGGCACUGAAGUUGGCUGCUCCAACAUUGCCUACCCCAAGUUGGUGGUGACUCUCAUGCCUGCCGGUUUGCGGGGGUUGAUGCUGGCCGUGAUGCUGGCCGCCCUGAUGAGCUCCCUGGCCUCCAUCUUCAAUAGCAGCAGCACCCUAUUCACCAUGGACAUCUACAACCGCCUGCGGCCUCAGGCCAGGAGCAAGGAGCUGCUGAUUGUGGGCAGGGUGUGGAUCUUGUGCAUGGUGGCCAUCAGCAUUGCCUGGAUCCCAGUGGUGCAGGCGGCACAGAGCGGGCAGCUCUUCGAUUACAUCCAGUCCAUCGCCAGCUACCUGGCGCCACCCAUUGCCGCUGUCUUCUUCCUCGCCCUGUUCUUCAAGAGGGUCAACGAGCCCGGCGCGUUCUGGGGGCUAAUUGGGGGGCUGCUGAUGGGCCUGGCCCGUCUGCUGCCUGAAUUCGCCUACGGCACAGGCAGCUGCAUCUUCCCCAGCGCCUGCCCAAGACUUAUCUGCGGGGUGCACUACCUGUACUUCGCCAUCAUCCUCUUCCUUGCCAGCGUCGUCCUGGUGGUGGGGGUAUCGCUUUGCACCCCACCCAUCCCCGACAAGCACCUACACCGCCUGGUGUUCAGUCUGCGUCACAGCAAAGAGGAGCGCGUGGACCUGGACACGGAGGAGGAGGAGGAGGAGAGAAGGAGGCAGGAAACGAGGCAGCAACAGGGAGUGGCUGCGAACGGGGCUGUGGAGCACGUGCUGGAGGUGGAAGGCCCCCCGGCUGGUCAGCCCCAGGGCAGCGUGGGGCGCUGCAUGGCCUGGCUCUGCAGCCUGGGGGGUGCACCGCAGCGGGCACCGGAGCCGGGUGUGGAGCGGCUGCCAGACAUCACAGAGCACCCGACCUGGAGCCGGGUUGUCAACCUCAACGCCAUCGCCAUGAUGGCCCUCGCCCUCUUCCUGUGGGGCUAUUACGCCUGAGCCGCUGCAAUGGGGAGCCCCACCGCGGGGAGCCCUCCCACCUCUGCCACGGGGCUCCCAGGCCGCCUCCCACCUCAGCCCCCCACUGCCGCCAAAUAAACCCUCUUUCCUCUAGCCCCUCCCCGUGCCCUCUAUUCAAUGGGGCCUCUCCCUGUUGUGGGGUCCCCUCUGCCCUAUGCCAUGUGCACCUCCCCCUCCCCCAAGGUAUUUUCUGGGGGCUCCCCUUCCCCCCAAACCCCAGUGCAGAGACCACAGGAAGAGGGAGGAAACGGAAGGGGGACAGCAGAGCCCCCAGCCCUCACCGACCACCAGCCUGGCCUCCCACCAGCCCCAGGAAACUCAGGCGGGGAAGAGUGUGGAGGGAAAGCAAUAGACAAAUAAAUGAAUGGGAAACUCCA